UAAAGAAUUUUCAACAGUUGUAUUAGGCGUUUAACAAUAAUGGAGGAGGUUAAAACUUCGAUUCGAUUAAGAUAUACUGGAGGACCACAUAAUUUAGGAGAUCCUGAUGACAAGUUUUUAAGGAAGGUAGAGAAAGAUGUUCUUAUUUCAGAAAAGAUGCGACAUAAAGCAAGAGCAGAAAAAUGUGUCGAAGAAGUGAAAGAAUUUUCUGAAUGUUGUAAAAAUGCUAAUUUUCUUAUGCCUUUUAAAUGUAAAGAAGAGAAUACUAAGUUGUUAACCUGCUUAGGAAAAUGGUUUAAUGAUCCAGAUUUCAGAGAAAAAUGUACACAAGAAUAUUUAGAGGAAAGAAGUGAAUACAGAAGAACUGGUAUAAAUAAAAAUAAAUAUAAGGAGUAA